GCAGCCGGCAGGCAGCUGCAGGUGGGGCUGCUCACGACUGGGUACCUAGCCCCAGAGCCCUGGAGCCCCGCCGGGAGUGCCGACGAUGCCCCGCGGGGACUCAGAGCAGGUGCGCUACUGCGCGCGCCUGUCCUAUCUGUGGCUCAAGUUCUCGCUCAUCGUCUACUCCACAGUGUUUUGGCUGAUUGGGGCCCUGGUCCUGUCGGUGGGGAUCUACGCAGAGGUUGAGCGGCAGAAAUACAAAACCCUCGAAAGUGCCUUUCUGGCCCCGGCCAUCAUCCUCAUCCUCCUGGGGGUCAUCAUGUUCAUCGUCUCUUUCAUUGGCGUGCUGGCUUCCCUCCGUGACAACCUGUGCCUUCUCCAAGCGUUUAUGUACGUCCUUGGGAUUUGCCUCAUCAUUGAGCUCAUUGGUGGCGUGGUGGCCUUGAUCUUCCGGAACCAGACCAUUGACUUUCUGAAUGACAACAUUCGAAGAGGCAUUGAGAACUACUAUGAUGAUCUGGACUUCAAAAACAUCAUGGACUUUGUUCAGAAGGAGUUUAAGUGCUGCGGCGCGGAAGACUACCGAGACUGGAGCACAAACCAGUACCACGACUGCAGCGCCCCUGGACCCUUGGCCUGCGGGGUGCCCUACACCUGCUGCGUCAGAAACACGACAGAAGUUGUGAACACCAUGUGUGGCUACAAAACUAUUGACAAGGAGCGCCUCAGCGUGCAGGACGUCAUCUACGUGCGGGGCUGCACCAACGCUGUGCUCAUCUGGUUCAUGGACAACUACGCCAUCAUGGCCGGCCUCCUGCUGGGCAUCCUGCUCCCCCAGUUCCUGGGGGUGCUGCUGACAUUCCUGUACAUCACCCGGGUGGAGGACAUCAUCAUGGAGCACUCGGUCACCGAUGGGCUCCUGGGGCCCGGCGCCAAGCCCAGCGUGGAGGCAGCCGGCUCGGGCUGCUGCAUGUGCUACCCCAAUUAGGGCCGCCGGGCGGCGGCCCCAGCAGGACCACGCCAGGAGAGCAGCGCUCGGGCCGCGGUGAAAGGCUGGACGGCCCGUGGCCCUCUCCCACUCGGCACGGACCGGAGCCCAGCCCGUUCGCUCUGGGGGCCAGCUCAGGCCUUCCGUGGCCGCUGCCUCUCUGGGGGGCGGAGGAGCCUGAGGCCUCCCCGGCUCCAGACUCCGUCCCUGCCCACGCUGCUGGGCGUGGGGACAAGGGCGUCCCUUCCCCAGGCCCGGGCCGCCGGAGACCGGGGAGCUCAGCGCCCAGCUCGGGGCCCGUUUCAUUCCUGGCCUUGGCCUGUGGUGGUUAUGCCCCUCUGAGGGCAGUUCUGUAGAGAUUUCUAAGCAGGGAGGGAGGAGAGCGCGCGUGCCCUGUGGUGACGGAGGGGAGGGGCGGGUGCAGCCCCCGGGGCCCCCCAGUCUCUGGGCCACGCCCCAGGGGCCAGGUUGGGCCCAUUUCUCAGGCUCCAGGUGCCUUGAGCCCUCCCCAAGGGCUGCUGCUUUGCUGACCCUGUUUUUAUGUGAUUUUUGUAACAUUCAUUUUGUACACGUUAACAGGAGUUUCUGACUAAUCAGAGCUGGUGUUUGCCACUUUCACCGCUCUUGCGCCUCCCAGCCAGUUUAUUAAUCAAACAAUAAAGACAUGAU